AGCGCCACAUUACCAAACGAAAUUCAAACGUGUAAACGGAGCCUGCAAGCGAAGUUUAUUCUAUUUGUCGACACAGAGUUCUACAUGUGGCUGUGCAGAGAUUGUGGCUCAUCCUAUACAUCUAGAUCACAGCUUCAAAAACACUUCAGGUUGGUACAGGGACACUAUGUCCGCAGACAAUCAUAUCCAUGUCUAUAUUCUUACUGUCCAUGCACUUUUAAAACCUGGAAUGCACUGAGGUCCCACUUAAGCCGAUCACAUGGCAGUGAGCAGCCACAUCAAAAGCAAAAUUCUAGUGAAGGUACUGUGAUGAAUUGUCAUGUUUGUGCCGUAACUGCCAUUCCUUCAGUAAAUGAUUACUUUCUUCAUAUAAAUAACCACUUGUGCAGCCAUGAGACAGUAAGUUGUAUGUUUAAGGGCUGCUUAUUUAAAACAAAUGUGUAUGGCACAUUCAAAUCACAUAAGAGUGAAAAACAUUGUCAGGGUUCAUUGACAGAUUUUAAGGAAAGAAUAGUCAAACACUAGAGAUUAGGACUAUAUCUGAUGAUACUCCUUCAAACAAAGAAAAUGAAACAUCUCUGUUAGUGGACGAUUCCAGUUGUAUUGAUGUAGAAGAGGUUCCAGAAAACUUGCCAAAGCUUGUAGAGAUUAAAUUAGCUUCCAUGCUGUUAAAGCUGGAAAACCACUACCAUGUUCCAGGCUCAGCAGUCAAUGAGUUGUUGCAGGACUUACAUUAUUUACUGAGUGAUGCAUCUUGCCCUUUGUCUCACAGAACUAUAGACACUUUACAAAAGCACAAGAUUGAUGAUGCAUCUGUAGUCAAAGACCUUGUUACAUCUUUAAGUGCAACAAACCCUUUACUUGCUGCAAUAAAACAUGGUGGCCUGCUAGCCUCUGCAUUUAAGCGUAAACAAUAUUACAGGGAAAAUUUUAAAGUUGUGGACCCUGUAGAAUAUGUUCUUGAGACCAAGGGUAACAAGACAUUUCAGUAUGUUCCAAUACUUCAGUCUAUACAGAAUCUACUUUGUCAGAAUGACCUACUCGACAAAAUGGUUGAAAGUCACAGUUCUCAGCAGUUAGGAGAUGUCCAUCAGCAUAGGUCAGUUCAGGAUGGUCUGUAUUUUAAACCAAAUGAUUUGUUCUCUGAUGAUUUAAGGAUAUCUUUGUGCUUAUAUGUUGAUGACUUUGAAAUUUGCAACCCUCUCGGAACAUCACGAAAGAAACACAAGCUAUGUGCAAUCUAUUGGGUUUUGGGUAAUGUACCAUCAAUGUUUCAGUCAACUUUGUCUUCGAUUUAUCUUGCAGUUUUGUGCACAACGGAAGACGUGAAGACAUACGGGUUUGAGAAAAUCUUGCGACCUCUUUUGCAUGAUUUACAAAUUUUGGAACAGUCAGGUGAAACAAAAGACACCCUUGAAGAGCAGAGGAUUACCCUACUGUCUGAGGUGACUAAACGAAACAAUGAACAGGCUAUCAAGGUGCUGAUGGACAGAACAUUUGCACACCGAAGGCAUGAGGUGGUAGAAGAUAUGCCUUUCAUUGUUGAGUUUAAGAACAGAUGGCCUGCACUCUUUACUGAACGAGAGGUAUCUGCAGAAUUCAGAAGAAUUACAACAAUCCCUUUGGUGUCCAAAUUUUUGGGUCAGCUGGAUUAUUUCUCAAACCAACUCUUCAGAAUUUUCAAAAAGAAAGGAGGAGCUGAGGCACAGAAGAUCACAAACAUCCUUUCAGUCAUGGAUCAAAAUAUCACCAUUGAGAAAAAACGUGAAUGCAUCUUGAAAGCUCUUGCUGUGUACCUCAAUGAAGACCCAUCAAACCUUCUAAAGGAGUAUGUGGAUGCUGAACAAAAUGAAGCUCUAACCUCAAUGCAUAACACCACCCUGGGAAUCUACGUUAUAGCACACGAAGGAGCGGAUGCUACAGAUUCGUAUGAAGAUGUAGGGAUCAUCAUUGAAGGUGUCCAAGUGCUAGAAAAACUUAAUGUGGCAAAUGCAUGUGCUGUAAUGCUUGGUCUAAUUUAGGCAUUAAACUUGGCUUACCCACAAGACCUGAAAUACACUUUUGAAGUGUUUCAAAAGGUUUUUAUGGAGCUCAAUGCAAACAAGCUGUCAAACAAGGUUCAGGUCCUGAAAAAUAAACUCCUUUCAUAAACUCUGCAACUUGAGGUCAGAACCUAAAGACAGGAGUUAUAUCAAUAAUGUUCGACUGUUGAUUGUUGUAGUACAUUUCUUUCAUUUGCUGACCAUGGUAAAUUUAUUUCGGUGUUGGUCUAGCAGGUCUUAAAUAGCUGAUGCAGCUGCUUUUUUCUGUUUCAAGGAGACACACUUUUUUCAUAACACUUAUGUUACACUUGUAUUGUGUAGUUGUAAUUAUUAUUAUUUUUUUGUUUUUUUAUAAAAAGUGAAGAUAACCGGUAAAUUUGUUUCAGUGUUGAUCUAGCUAUAAAUAACUGAUGCAGCUGCUUUUUUCAGUUUCAAGGAGACAACUUUUUUUUUU